AGGUUCUGAAACUCCGCCCAACAGUGCAGGGGAUACUGAAAGAAAAGUGAAUUCUGUCAGCCAAGAUAAAGAUUGCGAUUUACAACGAACUGGAUCUAGACACCCAGAAACCACCAUCAGUUACAAGUUCCGGACAUUCUUCAUUAACACGAGGUGCAUCUAUGGACAUAGCUGCACAAAAAACAACCGAUCCUAUCUCCGCCCAGACUCAACCAGCAGCUACAACGCUCGAGGAAGAGAAUGUGUAUAAUGUUUGUGAAGACGUUAUUUCACCGAUUGGUCGAGUUUCCAAGAAGACCAAGGACAUAAUUGAGCGUCUUUCCCGAUCCUCUUCCACAGCUUCAAACGAUUCUAUACCAACCUACCUUCCGAGAUCAUCCGGGUCACUUGAAUCGAAGAAACCAUCGCCGGUUGCAACUUUUAAGUUUUCUGCUGACGAGCUUAGCAUAUCAGACGAUCCGCUAUCUGAAGGUGACGUCUAUCAAGAAGAUAUUUACGACAGUAUAGAAGACGAUAUCGUAGUAAACAACCAUGCCUUACGAGUCGAUGGAAUGAGGGAAGUCAGAUCUCACUCCAGUGCUGCAGAAAAGAAGAAAUCAUCUGGAAUUGGACUAAGAAGGAAAAACAAAGCCACUCGACCUGUUUCUGCUUUUAUAGAAAACAUGAAACGUCCAGUCAGUGAACUGCAGAGGCAAAGCUCGAGCGAAGAAGGAGAGAACGGUUCCUCUCGUCUUCCCCACAUGCGAGCAGCAUCCACAAGUGAUGGAAGACAGUCGGAUUUAUUGGACGCUCUCAUUGUUGAUGAGAACCAGCUGCGAAACACAAGUGGGCCUCAUCUGCACCAACUGUCUCCUUUGGCGUCAAAGAAAACAAAGAAAGGCUGGUUGUGGAAACAAGGCUGGCACGAGGGACGAGCACCUUUCCGCAAACGAUGGGUCGUUUUCAACGGUGACGAGCUGCUAUAUUAUGAGAGUGAAAACAAGACCGAGCUCAGCAAAGGAGUUAUACCUAUCGAAGUUAUCCUACGGAUCCAGGUUCCGCAAAGUGACCUCAAGUCCUUCCACAUCCUCACUAAGGGAGGAAGGAAGUACAUCUUCUACGCUGAAAGUUCGGAUGAAAGGGCUCUGUGGACUUCGACUGUAAUGGCGGCCAAGAUGCUCUAUGAGAAACAAUGCCAAGGCCAGCAGUUCAAGCCAGGAGGAAGUAUGUACAUGCCUUAUAAGGAAGGGUCGCUGAAAUUGGACGGCCACAGGACCUACUUGGCGACGAAAGGCGAUCAGUUCGCCUACUACAAGAGCACUAAUGAGUUUAAUUUCGGUCAGCCCGUCGCAAAGAUGACCAUGAAAUUAGCGACCGUCAAGGAUGUGGACAAGAAAAAGUUCCAACUGGUAUUUCCCUACCGCACGUUCACCUUCGCAGCCGAUAGCGAAGAAGAGAAGCGGUCUUGGGUGGAAGCGCUGAACGACGCGAUCGCUGAGGGACUUUCAGAUUACAAAGUGGUGAAUGAGGUGUGGGAGAAUGAAGCCAACAGAGUCUGUGCUGAUUGUGGAAGAGCAGACCCUGACUGGGCAUCCAUUAAUCUAGCUAUUGUGAUAUGUAAGCACUGUGCAGGGGUGCACCGAGACCUGGGGGUUCACAACAGCAAAGUGAGAUCUCUUAAAAUGGACGUAAGGAUUUGGACCGAACAAAUGAAAAUGUUAAUUCUAAGCUUGGGAAAUGCAUGGACAAAUCAGUUUUGGUCUUCUAACUUGAAAUCAAGUGAAGCUAUCACAGAUAUGGCUGACAAGAAACAACGUGCUUGGCAUAUUAACAGUAAAUACAUUGAGAUGCAAUACACGGAUACCCACCGCUUGUCUGGCAACCAAGAACAACUCAAUCAGGGACUGAUCAAUGCUGUUCGUAACAAUGACAUAAGAGAAGCAUACUGCCUUGUGUUCAGUGGUGCAGACCCAAACUGUGAUACCGGCAAACAACAUGCUAAAACACCUCACAGUCUUGCUAAGCACCUUGGUUAUGAUGUUAUGGCGGAAUUCCUUGGUCAGAAUGGUGCAACAUCUGAAGUAAGCCCUGAAGGUCAUAUUACCAACAGGGGAAUAAGCCUUCAAAAGAAGGAGUCUUUGCCGAAAAUGCGUGCCAAGCCACCAGUGACACUUCGCGAUCAUCUGUAUAAAUAUGGUGGUGACUUUAAAAGCACACAGGAAGAACAUAAACCUGCUCGUGGACUAACUUUAAUUAAAUCUGCUUUACAGCAAGGAGAGUUUCAGAAGCGAAUGUGUGUCCUUGAGAACAAUUGCUUUAAAUAUUAUGAUCCCGAUAAAACCAACAUUCUUAAAGAUGAAGUUGAAUGCUCUGACCUCAUCAGCAUAGGAAUAUGUCAACCUGAACAAGCAACUAAAGCUGGAUUUCAACAUUGCUUUGAAGUAAGUCGAAACACUGGAAGAACUUAUCUCUUUUGUGCUGAUCGUAAAGACACAGCCAGCAAGUGGACUCUUGGUUUAAUGCAAGCACUUGUGCCUCCCAUGGUACAGAAUGCCAUGAAACAAGAUUUUGAAUACGAUCGCGUUGGUAGAAUGAUGAUGAAAACUCAACAUUGGAACAAGAAAUCAUCUGAUUGGGCAUCAACAUGGUUUCGAUUAAGGGGAAAACAACUUUAUUAUUUUCACCAAGAUUCAAGAACAAUGGAGCUUAUAGACCUUAGAAAAAUUGCCCAAAUAAGUUUGGAUCUUUCGCAGGAGCGAACAAGUAUAAACAAUAAUGCGGCAAAUGUGAAGGAGUCAGUGCCCGUCUUCAUGCUGGUCUUUCGAGAAAAAUCAUAUUACUUUCAUUCUGAGACACGCCCUGACACGGAAUCAUGGUUUGCGGCGCUCAAGCGCGCAGAUGGUGACUGUGGACCUGAUCUUGAAAAUCAACAAGUGACUUCUGAAGGGGUGCCUAUCAUAUUAGAAAAGUGCAUGACUUACGUUGAGCAGUUCGGUUUAACAAUGAGAGGUAUAUACCGGUUGAACGGCACACACAGUAAAACUUCACAACUUCUUGGAGAGUUUCAACAAAAUGCCCGAGAUACCCAGAUGAGGGAAAGUGAACUCAAUGUACAUGAUGUCGCUAGUGCCCUCAAGCGGUGGUUUAAAUCACUUCCGGGUUCUCUUCUCACAUCCUCUCUACAUGAUGAAUGGAUUGACACCGCUGAGAUAAAGCAAGAGCACCAGGACCGCAAACUAGAAUGGUACAAACACCUCAUUGCUAAGUUACCUGACAUCAACAGAAGCACAUUGAAAGUUCUUCUUAAUCAUCUCAACAAUGUUGCAGGGCAUGAGAAGGAGAAUGAAAUGUCACGUCACAAUCUUGCCAUUGUGUUUGGUCCCACGCUAAUGGAACCUCAGGGUGGAAAAGACAAUGGAAACAAACAAAUGAUUGGACAAACCUCUCAGGAAAUCGGUUGCAUAGAAGACCUGCUUAUGUAUUAUGACUGGCUAUUUGAUGUAACUGAUGUGGACAGAGAGAAGGAGAGAUUACUGCUUGAAGCAAAGGAGAAAAUAAGUUUAGCAACUCAACAGCAAAGCAUGCUAACUACACUUGACUAUGAUAUGAUGGUUCCUAUCUACAUUAACACAAAAGAUGACAAGUGUGUUAACUACAAGGUGAACUUAACGGCAGGAACGUUGAUCCAUCAAAUUUGUGCCGCACAUAACUACCCAGAGGAAAAGUGGGGCCUCUAUGAGGUCAUAAUGGACGGUGACGCAGAACGACCGUUACACUUCAGUGAGCAUGUGCUGUCAGUCAUCAAAUCUUGGGAAAUGCCUUCCACUAAUUAUUUAGUGGCAAAGUUUGACUACUUGAGAGAAAAGAUACUUUGGUUGAAGCAGCCUCGUCCUGAGGGUCAUGACAUUAUAUUCGAGGGUGUUCUACGCUUUUAUGAAUCCAAAAAGAAAUGGUCUAAGUAUAAUUGCUCUCUUCGCCUCACUGAUGGUGCUCUGAGUCUGUGGUAUGGCAAGAACCAAGAUCUGACGUCAUCGGUCACGCCAAGCAAUUGGCGAAAGCGUUCGGUUAAGAGUCAGCCGAUCUACCGCCGUUCCAUCGCGAGUUUUGACAUGAAAGGUGCAGUAUGUGUGCAGUUGGCACUCUACAAUGUCUAUAUUGGAAUCGACAGAAAAAACAAACCACCGGCGAUUAAGAAUCAAAUCCUGGGCUUCACUCUUUCCUCCCGUGGAGAGCCAUCGAAGCAGUUUUGUGUCGACUCGGAACAUAACCUCUUCAAAUGGGUUGGCCACAUUUUAGUGCAUAAGCACCCGGAUGGUUUUACUCCACCUCUUACUCCAGUAGAAGACAAGCCAGUUAGUGAAACUAUCAUUCGACGUAACACUGAUACAAAUCCACGUCGAGGUCCAUUACUUUCCCAACAAGCCCUUGGCGAAGCUGUCAGUCAAGUGGCGCAACAGCGUAAAUCUUCCGGCGAUAGCGACGACACGAUGCGAGAGCCUCCUUACGAAUCUGCCCUUGAUAGCAACACGAUAGUGGAAGAAGCGCCAACUUUCCGCACCCGGCUAAACACCUACCAUAAUGACCUCCGUCUCUUCGGUGACCGAUGCGUCGCCAUGCUCAGCAGACAACUCAAAGCGAACUUGCCUUCUCCAAAGAAGGAAUCCUCCACAUCGUCAUUACAUUUCCUGCCACCUUCCAACAACACGCGAAUAGCGUCGCCGAUACACGGUUCGUCUGUGCCCAGCUCUCCGAAGACGACGUCAUCAUUUGAUAUCAGACAGGCACUCGGGCGCCGCCAGCGGAUGAAUUCGUCAUCUGUGACGUCGUCUCCCAAUCGAAAACCGGAUCGCACGUCGUCUCUACGUCAACGCCGUUAUAGCCAAUCGCCUCGACGUUCACCCUCUUUGUUACAGCUCAUAGCGCCAACAAGCGGAACGUUAAAACGAAGCCGCAUACAAUCGACCAAUGAUUGACGAGGCUCCAACAGAGGGUGCUUAGUGAUUUAAUGUGAAUUCUUUAUUCUUCUAUAAAGAUCAGCUGUUGAAACUUAACAUACGCUUUUCCACUGUGUGUAAUUCGUAUCUAAUCAAACUGAUGACGCAUAAUGAAACCAGUUUAUAUUUUUAUUCUCGUUUCGCAGUUUCAUUUUGCUUGUAAUGUUCGUUCCUUUUUACUGUGACUGAUUUUAUUCUUCCGCGUACCACGUCUACGGACAACGCAACCGAGACGUGAAUUGUGAUUUAGUUCUAUAUAAAACUACAGCUUACCCCCAAGUGCAAUAAUCAAAUACCCUAUUCCAAAUAUGACCCCUUGCUACCCGCAUAUGCGAAUUCAGGGCGAAAAUCUAAGACUUGAGUCGCCGCAUUACUCAUUUUAGUUGUUUAAAUAACUUGGUCCUUAUUGCUUCCGUGUGCUUUUAAAUAAAGUGAAGUUACAACAGAUA